CGGGUAGGGAAAGUAAUGAAAUGCCUGUAACUCGGUUCGUAUUAAGUCGUUAAGUAGAAGUGCUGCUAUGCUGUAAUGAGAAUGAAAAGCCGGUAUUUAGAUAUUAUGAGACGAGAAACAGAGUAAUGCUCUUCAGCUGGUGGUGUCUAUUUUCCAAUGAAUCCUGUGUAUGCCAUUGAGAGGCGUAGAAGAACACGUUAAACGCGAGGCAGUAAUGACUACUUUUUGGAGCAUGUCAGCAAACGCCGGUCGUAAGAGAUCUGAUACGGAGGAGCAGGGUGGACCGGGCGAGCAGAAAGUAAGCCCGGCUCGUCCUUCCUUCGGGAAGAAGCAGUUACCCACCAUACCCAAGAAUGCAGUUCCGGUCACUAAGGCGUCCUCCUCGCAAGCUUCCGGGACACAAGCCACCAACGGCACGCACGCCUCAUACGGACCCUUCUACCUGGAGUACUCCCUGCUGGCAGAGUUCACGUUGGUGAUCAAGCAGAAGCUUCCGGGCAUCUACGUCCAGCCGUCGUACAGAUCAGCUCUGAUGUGGUUCGGAGUGAUUUUCAUCCGGCACGGCUUGUACCAGGACGGCGUUUUUAGAUUCACCGUGUAUAUACCUGAUAACUACCCUGACGGAGACUGUCCUAAAGUCGUAUUUGAUACCCCAGUGUUUCACCCGCUCGUGGAUCCUGUAACUGGAGAGCUGGAUGUUAGGAGAGCGUUCACCAAAUGGAGAAGGAACCAUAACCACAUCUGGCAGGUGCUGAUGUAUGCACGCACGGUCUUCUACAAGAUCAACACCAUGGAACCCCUCAACCCCGAGGCUGCUGUCCUGUAUGACAAGGAUAUUCAGCUCUUCAAAAGCAAAGUAGUGGACAGUGUGAGACUAUGCAACAGCCAUCUCUUUGACCAGCCCAAGAUCGACGAUCCUUAUGCAAUAAGCUUCUCUCCCUGGAACCCUACUGUGCACGAGGAGGCGAAAGAGAAGAUGUUCACGCACAAAAGGCAACUUGAGGACCAGCCGCAGGUAUCGGGGCUGUCGUGGGUGAAGCCCGGAUCCACACAGCCCUUCAGUAAAGAGGAGUUUCCUCUCCAGUCCUGAUUCAGUGGUCGCGCCGCAGGGAUCCCCUCUCACCGCCUCGGACUCACCGCAGCCACCCAGGUGAAGAAAUCUCAAAGCAGUUCCAUAAACUUCCUCGAUUUGCAAACGUCUUGAUAAGAAAAUCCUCUGCAGAAUCAGCUUUAGGCUCACGCUGCCGGAUCAGGCCUGAAUCCUGAGCGUCUCAGAGCCACGCCGUCGCAGGAAAUGCAAUCAGACUGCAGAGUUUUGUCUGGAACAACUUGCACACUCGUUUUCUUUUUGCUUUCUCUUGGAUUAUUUUCAGAUGCAACAGACCACCUCACGAUUUUGGGGGGAAACACUUGAGUUCACGCGGUUAAAUUCACAAUCUUUAGGUAGCGAUCGAGACAUUUAUAGGUGAACCAUCGUUAUUUGCUGUUUUCUUAUCUGCAGAGCUGUGUGAUGCCAGAGCUUUACUAAUAGCUUUUCAUUAGAACUAUUUAUAAAAGGAAAACAUGUGUUUCGGGCUGCUUCUGAAGUUGCUCCUGUGCAGAGAGGCAGUCAAAAAUACUUCAGUCUAAAUCAUCAACAGAUCAGAACAGAUCAGAUCAGAGCAUUUACUCAAUCCUACGUAAUUAUAAACCAGAAAUAAAGUAGUCAGGAGUGUGUGGGGGAUUAAAUGAGUGGAAUAUCAUGCCUGGGUUUAUGGUUUAUUUUCCGACACAGUUUAUAAGUUCACGCGUCGUUUUGUUUUUUUCUUCGCAUUUUCAGUCUGAUUAAACCUGUUUAAAGGGUGACCUGGUAAACACUACAUUUCCUCCUGCUUUGGGGUUUGUUUUGCUUUUUUAAAUCGAGUUCUUUCUUUUUUAUUUCUCCUAUUAUGUACUGAACACUACUUUGUGUUGAAUAGUUUUAAUAUAUAAUACAUGCGUAUAUAGUUUGAAUAUCUAUCCAUGAUGGAAAAUGGGGUGUGAUUUGUACAUAGUGAAAUUUAUUCUUAUUAUUAUUUGGAAUUUAAGGUUUACUGAGACCUACCAGGUUGUUUAUAGAAGUAUAAAAUGUUAGAAGCUUGAUUUCUUUCUCCAUCACUUUAAUAAGGGCAUCAUGUUUCUUUUUAUAUUGCUGAUUUUCCCCUUUCCUUCAUUUCGCUCAUAUGAAGGGUAGAUUGUAUAAACGAUGAUAUUUUAAAUCCUCUUAUCUUAAAGACAAUAAAUUUUGAUGAAUCAGU